GGAGCCGCCCGGGGCCGGCCGGGGGCUGCGAUGAGCCCGAUCCGGGCCAGGGGGCGCUGAGCCGGGCGCCCAUCCCCGUGGCUUCGGCGCGCCUGGCUGGAUGUGAGGGAGGGGGCGAGGGCUCUGCCGACCCACGCGCGGGGGGACCCGCCGGGCUCGCGUCCGUGUCCCCGCCCUGCCCCCCACCCCACGAGCGCCCGCGAUGUCCGCCGAGGUGCGACUGAAGCAGCUGGAGGCGCUGGCGCUGGACCGGAGCUUCCUGGGGCUGGACACGCUGCUGGACCUGCUGCUCUGCGUCUCCCACGAGCUGGGCGCCUCGCCCCUGGCCCACGAGAAAUACAUCGCGGAGUUCCUGCGCUGGGCCGAACCAGUGACCGCCCGGCUCAAGGAGCUGCAGCUGCAGCGAGACGACUUUGAGAUCCUGAAGGUGAUCGGGCGCGGCGCAUUCAGCGAGGUGGCGGUGGUGAAGAUGAAGAGGACGUCGCAGGUGUACGCCAUGAAGAUCAUGAACAAGUGGGACAUGCUGAAGCGGGGCGAGGUGUCCUGUUUCCGCGAGGAGCGGGACGUGCUGGUGAACGGAGACAAGCGCUGGAUCACCCAGCUGCACUUCGCCUUCCAGGACGAGAACUACCUGUACCUGGUGAUGGAGUACUACGUGGGGGGCGACCUCCUGACGCUGCUGAGCAAAUUCGGGGACCGCAUCCCCCUGGACAUGGCCCGUUUCUACCUGGCCGAGAUGGUGAUGGCCAUCGACUCCAUCCACCGCCUGGGCUACGUGCACAGAGACAUCAAACCCGACAACAUCCUGCUCGACCGCUGCGGGCACAUCCGCCUGGGGGACUUCGGCUCCUGCCUCAAGCUCCGGGAGGACGGCACGAUCUGCUCGUCGGUGGCAGUGGGGACCCCCGAUUACCUGUCCCCCGAGAUCCUGCAGGCCGUGGAGGACGGGAGCCACUCGUACGGCACCGAGUGCGACUGGUGGUCCCUGGGCGUCUUCGCCUACGAGAUGUUCUUCGGGCACACGCCCUUCUUCGCCGACUCCAUUGUUGAGACCUACGGGAAGAUCAUCCACUUCAAGGAGCACUUUCGCUUCCCGCUCUCGGCGCCGGAGGUGCCGGACGACGCCCGGGCCCUGAUCCGAGGGCUGCUCUGCCCCCGGGAGACGCGGCUGGGCCGGAACGGGGUGCGGGACUUCCGGGAGCAGCCCUUCUUCGCCGGCGUGGACUGGGAGGGGCUGCGGACGCUCACCCCGCCCUUCGCCCCCGAGUUCGCCAACGCCACCGACACCUGCAACUUCGACGUGCUGGACGACUGCCUGACGGACAUGGUGAGCGGGGGCGGGGAGACGCUGUCGGACGUGCUGGAGAGCUCCCCGCUGGGCGUGCACCUGCCUUUCGUGGGCUUCUCCUACGCCAGCACCAGCCUCAAACAGAAUGAGCCGGGGGACAGGGGCCGGGAAAUCGCUAUGGAGCUGGAGUGCAACCGGGGACCCCCCCUACAGGAGCAGCCCCCCAACCUGCCCCCCGGAGACCUGGGCUGCAAGGCGCCCGACGGGCAGAAGCUGGAUCUCGCCGCCUUCCUGGAGCUGCAGGCGGCUUUCGAGUCGGAGCUGCACACGCGGGAGGGGCUGCGCCAGGAGCUGAGCAUGGUCAAGGUGGCCAACCAGACCUUCGCCAGCCGCCUGCAGGAGGCCGAGAGCCGCAACCUGGAACUGGAAGCUCAGAUCAAGCGAUUGGAGGCGCAAAUCGAGGGGAUGAAACGGCCUGGGGAGGAAGCUGCUGUGGGGCGGCCCCCCGGCUGCGCUGCCCCCUGGCUGUGCCGCACGGAGCACCCCACUGAUGCGGCACCAUGGCACCGCGACGCUGUGAAUACCCGCUUGUGGUACCUCUGUACCGCCACUUGCUGCUCUUUUCUAGGGUACCUAGGCCCUGCAUCACCAAGGCGGGAUACCUGCUCCUUUGUACCGGCGGCUUUGGGCUGGCAGCGCCCAGCCAGGACCUGGGGGAGCCGUCCUGAGCGAGGCCGGGCGCUCGCCCCGCUGCCCCCGCCCGCCAUCCCCGUCACUGCCCGGCCAGCACCGCGGGGGUGCCCGGCAGCCCUCCUCUCCGGGAGGCCUCACACCAGAGCUGGGGACGCCUGGGUGCCAGCACCCCAGGCCCACAGGCCCCUUCCCACCCGGAGCCAGGCUGUGUGGCUCGAGCCCCUCCUGCCAUCAGGGGACCAUCUCUCCAGUCCCCUCCUAGGCCUACCCUGGCCCUGGGUGCGUCUGCUCCUGCCUGGCAGCCCUCUGGCCUCCCCACUGCGGACCCUGGCCAGCCCCCUCUGCGUGGGACAGGCAGCCCCUGCCCUGCCCAGCCCCAGCGCCACCCCACGGCCCUGUUCGUCAGCUGGGGAAACUGAGGCAGAGCGCGAGGAAGAGAGGCACCUAAGGACGCACAGUGAGUCAGGGGCAGAACUGACAAACGAACCCGGGAGACCUGGCUCCCAGCCACCCCUCCCCCUGCUCUAACCACUACACCCCACUCCCCUCCCAGAGCUGGGGAUAGAACCCAGGAGUCCUGGCUCCCAGCCCCACCCCCCCUGCUCUAACCACUACACCC